AAUGUGGUCAGUGCGUCACAGCAGUGUUGGAGGCGUUGGAGCGGUUGGGGGUACUCGUUUUACAUGCAAGUGGGUCGUACAGCCAUACGGUGGAGUUAUACGUGCGUAGCUUGCCGAUUCUAUACAGUUAGGAAUUAGGAAUGGUUCACCUAGAGAAGGCAACCUAAUGCUGGAGUGACUGACUUCGUGCUUAUUAUUGCUGCUACACACCAUCAACAUGGCAAGACGGAAAGGGGCGACUGAUCGAGCUCCGCUUCUGUCCGAUGAUGAACCAAUUGAUGGCUACAGUACUUACACGAACAUUUCAUGCCAAGUGAAAUGCCAGUUGGGACCAGUACUGUCUUGCACAGACAACAGAACGGGCGAAAAACUAGGCGACAACACUGUGUGUGACAUUGUUGGCGUGUUUGUGAUAGCAUUUGACACUCGAGCGGGUAAUACUGUGGAGUGGUGGGCACCUGAUGACUUGGAUGUGUCUGGCCUUGAGUUUAAGGCUAUGACCAGUGGAGCUCACAGGGUGCACACAGACUUCAUAUACUUCAAGAGGAAAGAUUACUAUGGAUUCUCCUGCUUUGAAAACAUGAAAGUAGAGAAUGAGGAAGAGCGUGGAGCACGGAUGAAGUCGAUAGGAAUUCUUGCAAAAAGCUACUCACUGCUGCAUCUGCAUAAGACAUUCCUGCAAAAGCAAGUACGGCGACUGUUGGAAAGGCCAGGUAUAUAUGAAGACCUUAUUCAGUUUUACUUGACCCAUCAAACACCAGCCAUCAUGGACGCCUGUCUUGGUGUCUCCUACAAAACUGUCUGUGAUGGCAUGCAUUCCAUGGAGAUUACACACCCAGCUGGUUGCUUCUCUCAGUUCCUGAAUUUCUUUGGGGAGAAGGUAUUUCUUCUAUGGAAGCUUGCGCUGUUGAAAAAAAGGAUCCUUUUUUUCUCUCCACCACCAAUUGGUGUGAUUUGCUAUCGUGUAUACUGCACAAGUACCUUGGUUGCUCAUGUAUACCCAGACUUGGAGACUUGUUUGUGUCCACCAAAUUUUUAUGUCAAUGUCACAGAUGUGGAUGCCCUGGCAGAGCAGCUCUCCUAUGUGGCCUGCACUACCGAGAAGAUUUUUGAGACAAAGCAAAACCUGUUUGACCUGUUUGUUGACCAGCAAAACUUGAAAGUUCAUUCUUCCUUGCAUGAGAGGUUGCUGGAAUUGAGUGCUGCUGAUAAGCUAAAGUACAACCAUCUUUUAGAGCUAAGAUCCAAGUGCCAGCCGUUACUAGCAGGGGAUUCAGAUGCUACAGAUGAAUCCUGGUUUACAGGGUUUUUCAUGGCUCAAAAUACACAGCUUUUUAAAGAGCUGCUAGUGGCAUCUAGGAGCCCUGAAAAAUUGUGGACUGAAGAACAUAUGCAAAGAGUGGGCCUUGACCCUCAUGGUGACAAGCUGUUCUUAACAGAGUUGGUCGAGCGCUAUGGUAUAGACAUUGUACUGAUUACAGACAGUGUCUGUUGCCCUGCGUGACUCUGUGAUAACCACUCCUACUACACUUGCCAUGGCUGUCCAGCCUUCCAAUUCUCCAUACAGGUUUUUACUGUGGUUGGCACGUAGCCACCUUUGUUGAAAGUACCCAGGUGACCAGGGUUACAAUAUGGUUCAUGCAUGGUCUAUAUACUGCAGCAGGUUUAUCCAAAGUAAUAUGUUAUAUCUUUUUGUACAACUUAGAGGUGAACAGUCUUGUCAUUACUGCAGAAAAUACUGAAUCAUAUGGAGAAAGAAUACUCAUAUUUGAGCAGCUAAGUGUUCAGUUAUGCGCACACAGCCGAGACCACGUGGACUUCAAUUAGUGCAAUCUUGUUUCGCGUUUAUUUAUAGUUUUUUCAAGAUUAUGGAUCUUUUGGUCUUAGUCUUGAGAGCAAGGCUACAAGCCAGUGAGUCACUAGAAGUUCCUUUUGAAAAAGUAGAUUGUAUUUGUGCUCUAAGUCGUUUUGUUCUGGUACUGCUUUGCUAGAAAUUUUUAAACGGUGCUAUUUUAUGCACAUAAUUAUGUAUGGUGGUUGUAAUUUUGGAAACAUUAAAAUGAAUUAAAAUAUGUG